CGACGGGGCAGGCCGAGCUCCCCGGCCUGGCGUGGGGAGGCGCAGGGCACGACGCAGCCCACCGAGGGCGCCGCUACGUCCACUGGCUGCGUCAGCGCGUCCGGAAGUGCUUGGGGCGGCAGCGAUGGCGGCGGCUAUGGCAGCGGCGGCGGCCGCCGCUGGUCUGGGUGGGGGUGCAGGCCCCGGGCCUGAGGCCGGGGACUUCUUGGCCCGGUACCGGCUGGUGUCCAACAAGCUGAAGAAGCGUUUUCUGCGGAAGCCGAACGUGGCGGAAGCCGGCGAGCAGUUCGGCCAGCUGGGCCGCGAGCUGCGCGCCCAAGAGUGCCUGCCGUACGCGGCCUGGUGCCAGCUGGCCGUGGCGCGCUGCCAGCAGGCGCUUUUCCACGGGCCCGGAGAGGCGCUGGCCCUCACUGAGGCCGCGCGCCUCUUCCUGCGGCAGGAGCGCGACGCGCGCCAGCGCCUGGUCUGUCCCGCCGCCUACGGGGAGCCGCUGCAAGCCGCCGCCAGCGCCCUGGGCGCCGCCGUCCGUCUGCACCUGGAGCUCGGCCAGCCGGCAGCCGCUGCCGCCCUCUGCCUGGAACUGGCCACGGCUCUGCGCGACCUGGGCCAGCCGGCGGCCGCCGCCGGCCACUUCCAGCGCGCCUCCCAGCUCCAGCUGCCCCAGCUGCCCCUGGCCGCGCUGCAGGCGCUCGGCGAGGCCGCCUCCUGCCAGCUGCUGGCGCGCGACUACAACGGCGCCUUGGCGGUCUUCACACACAUGCAGCGCCUGGCGCGGGAGCACGGCAGCCACCCGACGCAGCCGCCGCCGCCGCCGCCGCCGCCGGGGCCCCAGCCCGCGUUCGGCGGGACACCCGCCCUGCCCGCCGCGCUGCUCCCUCCGAAUGCCGCUUCUGCGGCGCCCUCGCCCGCCGCCCUGGGCGCCUUCUCGGACGUGCUGGUCCGCUGCGAGGUGUCUCGCGUGCUGCUGCUGCUGCUCCUGCAGCCGCCGCCCGCCAAGUUGCUGCCAGAGCACGCCCAGACCCUGGAGAAGUACUCCUGGGAGGCUUUCGACAGCCACGGGCAGGAAAGCGGAGGCCAGCUGCCGGAGGAGCUCUUUCUGCUGCUCCAGUCCCUGGUCAUGGCUACCCAGGAGAAGGACACGGAAGCCAUCAAAGCGCUGCAGGUGGACAUGUGGCCGCUGAUGACCGCAGAGCAGAACCACCUCCUUCACCUCGUUCUGCAAGAAACCAUCUCCCCCUCAGGACAGGGGAUCUGAUGGUGAAUCACAUUAACCAAGUGACUUUUUGCCGGCUGUCAAACCUCACGCAUCCAUGUUUGCAUUGGGGAGAAGUAAAAGAUGUUCUUCCAGGUUCUGUGUUGUAUGUUAUCCUAUUGUCAUCGUAGGAAUGUAGUUGACUGAUGGGUACCUGUAUCCCAAAUGCUUAUUUCCAAGUACGUUUUCAUAGAAUCAGAAUAGUGGACUAGGCUGCUUAAAAGCCAAUUCUACAUAAAAAUGAGAAUCCAAUCUCCUUCCUCUUCUCCCCACCCUUCACCGCCUCCUACCCCCAUUUUUGUUUCAUAGUAACUGUGUCAUUUUGCACUGCUCUGUCUAAAUGCGACGUGCAUAAGCUGUAUGAUUUCAUCAUGGCACUUAAAUUUCUUAGACGCUAGUAUUUCUGUGUCUUGUUGAUUACCCGUUUGCUCCCUUGAUUCACCUGCACCGGGCCUACACAUGGGAGUCAUUUUAUUCCUUACAACCUGUUGUUGCUGCAGCCGUCAAUCCAGGAUAAGGCUAUUGUAAUGCCCCUCACCUGUGGUUUAGAUGUACCUCAUCUAUACAGGGUGACUAUCUCACCUGCUUGUCUGGGGCUUGCUCUCUUUCAGUGCCAGGGUGCAUUCCUUCAUUUGAAAUUUAUAGUAGGCCUAGUAUGUGGGCUAAGGGGGAGCAGUGAGAAUCUAUGGAGACCAUCCAUGAGGGAGUCCUUACUCCUAUCACUGCAAUACAGGUGUGUCCACUGCAACAGUUCCGUCUAUUUGUGUGGGAAUUCACAGUUCUGACUCUAUACCCUAGAGGUAUCUGGAAUCUACAUUGCAACCUUUAUUUGCCAUAGGGCUCUUGCUGCAACUUUUAUUUAACUCAAAAAUAUAAAAUCCGGGUGUAGCUAAUUGAUUGGUAUUGUGUGUGAUCACCUGACUGCAAGGCAGUGUCCUGCUGGUUCCUCUAAGGUAAGUUGGUGUUCCAUUGUAAAACACUUAAGUUUCUGGUACCCUUUCCUUCAAAUGUUACAUGCAGUCCAGUUUAGCCAUUUUCUUACUGAUUGUUUUUACACUUUUGACAGUGAUCACAUGAACUCUUCAAAAUACAACCUCUUAAGUUUUCACCUUUGUGAAAAUGCAUCCUUUUUGGCUGAAACUACACAGUACUAAUCUUUGAGGCUGAGAUUUAAGGACCCAGUUGGGGGAAGGUGAUUUUUUGUGUUC